ACCCCCGCACGCAGGCGUGCGCGCCCCGGCUCGAGGAUCCGUGCGCGCUCCCGCCCGCCCUCCCUCCCUCCGGGGUUGAGGCGGCUCCGGGGCCCGCCCGACAUCUCUCCAUCCCCGACGGAAGGAGCAGAACGGCAACUAGGGAUGCUUCCGCCCGGAGGCGAAGGAGCGGCGGCGGCCAAGGGCAUCCGCGCUGAGGAGGACAUGGCGGCAAUGCGGACCUAAAGAUGGAAAGAUCUGGGAGAGGAGGUGGAGGUGGAGGCAGGAGUGCUGGAGGGGGCUCCGGUGUCAGCAGAAGUGGCCUUUAUGCCCAGGCCCAGCAGUCCCCGUGUCCACACUACCCCCCACCCACCGGCACUCCCGUCUGCCAAACUGGAACCGCCGUGGAGAUCCAGGAGCUGGCCUCAAAGCGGGUGGACAUCCAGAAGAAGAGGUUCUACCUCGAUGUCAAGCAGAGUCCCCGCGGCAGAUUCCUGAAGAUCGCAGAGGUCUGGAUAGGCCGCGGCCGACAGGACAACAUCCGCAAGAGCAAACUGACCCUCUCGCUGUCCGUGGCGGCGGAGCUGAAGGAGUGCCUGGGGGACUUCAUCGAGCACUACGCCCACCUGGGCCUGAAAGCCCACCGGCUAGAGCACGGCCACGACCGAGAGCACGAUGCCAGGAGGCGACCACAGCCCUCAGCACCGUCCCCGCCGGCUUCCGUGGUGUCUGAGGAGCACCCUCACAGCGUUCUCAAGACAGACUACAUCGAAAGAGACAAUAGGAAGUACUAUCUGGACCUGAAGGAAAACCAGCGGGGACGUUUCCUCAGGAUUAGGCAGACCCUGACCCGAGGCCCCGGAGGGAUGGGUUACUUUGGGCACACUUUGGGCCAAGAACAAACGAUUGUCCUUCCAGCCCAGGGAAUGAUUGAGUUCAGGGAUGCCUUGGUCCAGCUCAUCGAAGAUUAUGGUGACAGUGACCUAGAAGAACCCCAGAGAGGAGGGGAAGAGGAGCCCCUCGAGCUCCCAGAGGGUACAUCCUUCAGGGUGGACAACAAGAGGUUCUACUUUGAUGUGGGCUCCAACCGCUAUGGCGUUUUCCUGAAGGUAAGUGAGGUGAGACCCCCUUACCGUAACACCAUUACUGUUCCCUACAAAGCGUGGACACGGUUUGGGGAGAAUUUUAUCAAGUAUGAAGAGGAAAUGAGGAGAAUUUGCAGCAGCCAUAAAGAACAGAGAAUGGAUGUCAGAAGGGACAGUGGCGAAGAGCAAGAAGGUCUCGACUAGAGGACCAGUGAACUGUCUGUCUGUCCUCCAUCUGUCGUGAUUUGGAGAAGCGUUCCUUCCUUUGGGGGCCCCUCCUUGCCCUUUACACCUCCUGUCCCUCCACUUUCAGGAAUCUGGCUAUCCUAGUUAUACUACAUAGAACCCAGUAGAAGCCUCCCAGGGAGGUCAUGGGGGAAUUCCAGCCUUCCCAAAGCUGCAUCCUUGGCAGCUUCAAGCGCUCAAGACUCUUGACCCAGGCAGGUCAGCACAGUGAUGACAUUCUGACCUAUAGGUUAGAGGCAAGGCUUACAUUGAUUGCACUAUUACCCAGUCCCAAGAAGACACUUGAGCCUGCUGUGGAAGGCUGGGCUUUCUACCUGACAGGUUUCCCAAAAGGAGGAUUUAGGGAAAAGCUGCUAGGAUAAAUUGUAGGGAAUUUGCCAGCAGAACAAAACUGAACUACCCAUAGUCUGCAUUGAUGCUUUCAAGGAAACAGAAAUCUUAAAAUGGUUCAUUGGCCACUAAGUCUGAAAUGUUUAUACUACUUAAGGGUAGAGAUCUUGUGAGCCACCCAACUCUUUAGGAAGUUCAUUGACAUAUUAUAUUGGAUGAGAUUGAAUGCCGUAGUAUUCUGUGAUUGCAUCAUUCUGGGCUCAGCGUGCCCUUGACACACACCACCACAAAGCCACAGAGGAGAAGGAAAGUGUGAGCCCGAGCUGGUGGAAACCAGCCCAGUAGUCAGUCACAGGAUGGAUGUCUUAGAAGGAUGCCCUUCUAUGGGAACUGUGUAAGAUGAGAUGGAUAUUUUUAACGGUUUUCCAAAUUACAGAAAAAUAUUUUUAUAUCCCCAUUGGGGGUAGAGGAACACUCCAGCUCAUGGCUUUGUGGUGGGAAUGUAGGCAUUGAGCAUUUUGUGCUAGCCUGAGGAGUUUGAGGCUUUUCUUCUCAGAUGUUAGCUAGCCGAUGGUUUCAGGGUUGAAAGUAUCAUUUUAGGCUUCUCCUUAGAAAGAAUAGUUAAGGGUUGGGCAAACCACUUAGCUGAAAGAUGCAGAAAUCCAUACGUCAUUACAGACUUGAGUAGCACCUUUGUGAUUCAGCUGAUGAGGCUGUCUCAACACUUCCAAUAGAAACGUGUCAUGUACAGGCUGGCUGCAUCCAGAAAAAGGAUUUCCCCCAGACUGUGUGCCACCGUGGAAGAAGGUUAUUUAAAGCUUGGUUGUAGGCACAUUUCAAAGCAAAAAAAUGAGGUGCUUUUUGUAAUUCUUUAAAAGGUUUUCUUUACAGAAGAUCUACCCCUUUUAUCUAUUUUUAGUAUUAAUUUCGAGAAAGCAACUUUUCAUCACCUAAUUGAUUUUUUUCAACAAGUGAGAACACAGUACAUGUGUGCUCCAACCAGCUUUCUUUUAAUUGAAUGAAAUUCCAUCUCUCAAGCUGCAUUUUCUUGUGAAUGAAAUGAUUGCCCAUUAUCUUGGCUUUAUUCUGCUCCCACAUCAUCUAAGAGCCAAACACUGAUUUCAAUCUCCAGAAUCAGUUCUCCCAGAUCUCUGUGAGAGCUGGUUUCAGGGAUUAAAAACAGGACAUGGCUUUUAGCAUAUGUGAUUUAUUGAAAUCUAAAAUAAUGUAACAAAAAAAGUUUUGCACUAAAGUUGCCCCAAAAUGCACUUCAGUAAAUGUAAUCAGAAAAUAUCACAGUUCUGAUGGAAAUAGGAGAAUCGAGAGGGAAAUGGAGACAGUUCCUUUCUGUGACCCAGCAGUGCUUUAGGGCACUGGGGAUCGGGGACAAAUACUGUCUGUUGCAAAGGGACCUUCAUGAGCUCAGUGCAUGUCACUGGACCGUCUGGAUCUCUUUGAAGCUGCUGACAAUUAGAAGGUAAUAGUAGCACCUUGAGCUCCUGAUACGCAUGGUGGAGGUCGAAGAUCUCCAAGGAGCAAGGCUGUUUUCAAGAAGCCGCAAAUGUGAGUAGAAAGAUUCUGUGGCUUUGCUUAAAGUCCAGUGCUGUACACUUGGACCUUUGGCUACGCAAGGCCCCAAGCCGCUGGGACAACUUGUCAGAUUGCAGCCCCCUCCGCUGGGGGUGGCCCACCACAGCGGGAGGCCUGGGCCGGCCCAGCCUGGCAGGCAUUCCUACCUAAAGUUGUCUCUUUCAGUGUUCCAGUCUAAAGUGUGUGGUGUCGACUGAUAGUAAACACUUCCUCUCUUGGUUUUCAUUAGUCUGAUACAGAGGAAGUAUCUGUGCACCAAUGCAAAUGCUUGUAAUUAGUGUUCUUGUUGGCAUCAUUUUGCACCAGGUUUUUCUUUAGGAUAAUUAUAUAAUGGAUUAGUUGAGCAAAUAACAUUCCAACAUGGAUACAUCCUAUACAAGGAAAAAAGUCAUCUGAGAGCGUUCAGUUGGACUGAUGAGUUUCAACUGUCAUGGUCUAGUUAUAGCCAACCUAUUGAAUAUUCUGUAAACUAAAUAAUGUGUGUAACUAUUUAAUCCUUUUAUUUCUUUUUCCCAUAAGUUAUAUUUCUUUGAAAAAUGAAGGGAAAUGGUGUUUUUAUAAGGAAGACCUAGGAAGUCACUAGCCACAGGCUCACAAAAUCCAAUUCAGAAUUCUGAUGCCAAGGCACCUACCUAUUGCCAGGUAUCUCCUAAAAUGAGCUAUUACAUUGGCAUGUGCAAUACACAUUUUAUUUGUUGUCAUUUAUCAUUUUGACAUGGAUUUGUACAAAAGAAGGGGAACCCCUGCCUUGAAGACAUUCAGUUUUAAAGGUGCCUGGAUUUCAGAGGGCCCAAAAGCGCAUUUCUGUUUGGAACCUGCUGCAUUUACUCUUUUUCAAAACCAAAACCACUUGUUCUCUGUGCAGUCCAAAAGCACUUGAUAUUUAUUUGCACAUUGGAAUCCAAGGAGGAAAAGUCCAAAUGUAAGAACAUGAGCUUAUAGGGUUAGAUUUGAAAACGGUUCUUCCCCACCUCUGGUCUAUGAUAUGGUGGCAGCAGCAGAGGAAGGAGCAUUGCCAUGUCCUGGGGUGUUCAACUUCAGCUGUUUUGCAAAUCGUUUUCAUUGUUUAAACCCCAAGUCCAUGUCCCUUAAACUUGAGUAAAACACAAGCGUAUUUGCACUAAAGAACAUGGCCAAAAAUGAAAUCAAAGCUAGGACAGGGUGGAGACAAGUAAUUGGAACCUCUUGAAAUAAUUGGUUCUUUAGAAAAAUUUCACAUUCAAUCCCCCACCUCUAUUUUAAAUCUGUACGGUCCAGGCAGAAACGUCUGCCCUUUCACUGAUUUAACAAUUUAAUAAUGAUAAUGCACUUUACCUUUUGUAUAUAAUGUGUACAUUGCUGCUGCCUGAUGGAUGGAACGUGCUUUGGUAGAACUAUCUAGUCAGUGUCUAUGUAGAGUGUUCUUUUGCAUGUAGAUGUUUUCUUAGUAUUAUUGUAAUCACUUGAGCCCAGUGAAUUGGUGUCAUAGAGAAGGGCAGAAAAAAAAAUUACAAACAAAUCUCAAACUAUUUAUAAUGAAUUUUAAAGUAGUCUUAAUAUCUGUAUUCAUAAAGGCUCAGAACCAAUAAAAAACAAAUUCUUACUCGGUUUAGUAUUAUAACAUUGCUCAUUAAGGAUUCCCCCAAAUUAAUUUUGGUGGAUUUCUCUAAGCCGUCCUAGUGUUGAUGAUCAUUCCAAGUCAGGUUGUCCUUCUUUCCCCUUCUGGUGAAAAUGCAAAGUCUAUUAACAGUGUUCUUGUUGAUUGUAACUGGAGGGAACUGCUGCCAGAAAGGUACGCUGUGCUAUAUUAAAUUCUUAAGGUUACCAGUGAAGCAGUGUCCAGAAAACACUUACCCGAUCGUCAGAAAAAGUGAGUGGUCACAUUCAAGAAAUGCAAAAACAUAGCUAAAAUUGGUCAAAAUCAUUCCAUGCUUUUUCCAAAUUGGCACAAAUUGGCCUUUGCUUCAAAUCCCAGUGCUGGGGAUUGCCCUGAGGCCCCUUUCCAUUCUGAUUUCUGUGUGAAAUGUACAGUUGAAAAACGGGAUAAAUGUUACUUCACAGCUAUGUACUUUUCCAAGAAAGAAACAGCGUUUCUUCCUGGCUUUUGAUCAAAGGGGCGCUACAUGCCUACAUUUGUUAUAUGUCUGUAUGUAUAUAAGUACAUAUUUAUGAAUAGGCAUACUAUUUUAAACUAUAUUUCUAUGUGUUUAUAUUGUAGUUUUGCAAAUUUUUCAGUAAAACAAUCAAUUUAGCUGAGCUGCACAAUUUAAAGAUGAGGAAAGAAAACCUCUUAGAGAUACUUAGUUUUAAAAAACAGCUUUAUAUCACAAAAGGUCAUACAUAUAUUAUUUGCCAUCUCUUUAAAAUUUUUUUGUAAUUCAUUUGUAAUUUGGGGGGAAUAGAACUCUUUUUGGAAUUUGGAAAAGGAAUGUGAUGGUUUUCUAAAAACAGUUUUUAGUGAGUUUUUUAAAACUUAAUGUCUACAUAUCUUUCAUAGGAAAUACAGUUUUAAAACCCUUUUCCUAGCUUUAUAAAUGAGGGUUUGCUGUAGCUCCCCAUACUGUUCCAAGUCUGUCUUUAUAUGCCAAAAAACUGUGAGUAUUUGGCAGGGUAAAAUCAUUUCAAGAUCCAAAAUAAACUAGAGAAUUUUAAA